CUAUGUCUUUGUAUAAGAGGUAAAUGUAAAUAUUUUUCUAAUUCUUGACCGAAACAUUUGUUUGUUUAAAAUUAAUAAAUUCUAAAUUUUUUUUUUUUUGUUUAAAAAAAACCUUUAAGAACCACAAGUGACAUUCACUCUUUAAUUCCGACUUCGAUAGAGUUUAAAAAAACAGAGAAAACCAGAGAAUUAUUUUCACUAUUUCUUACUCAUUUCACUUCACUUCACUAUUUCUCACUAUUUAAAAAGAAACUGAUUAAAUUAAUUAAAACAUAUAGAAAAGAAUUUACAAGUAAUGAAUUUAAGAAGAUUGUCAAUUUUAAUAAUGUACGUAUUCCACAACUUAAUAUUCGACUUAAAACCCACAAGAUUGGACAGAUUUUUAGACCUUUAGUAGAUUUUAAAUAUUCAGUAUUGUAUAAUUUAGAAUAUUAUAUAAAAAAUUAUUUGCAGUGUAUCCCCGACUCUAAAUAUACUAUAAAAAAUGCAGAUCAAUUGAUCUCAAGAUUAAUGCAAGGUCAAAGUAAAGACACUUAUAGAUUUUUAAGUCUGGAUAUAAAAUCUAUGUAUCCUUCAAUAAAUUGGAAUUUUAUUAUGGAAAGUUUAAAAUAUUAUCGCCAAAGAGACGGGAUCGCAAUGGGAUCAGUAAUUGGCCCAAAGCUUGCCGAUAUUUGUAUGGCAUCAAUAGAUGAAAAAAUCUUCCAGUACCAAGGUAUUGUUUUUUAUACUAGAUAUGUGGAUGACAUAUUAGUUUUGUACGACUCAAAUAACGUUACAGCUGAAAAUAUCAAGGAUUAUGCAAAUAGUUUAAAUAAGAACAUUAAAUUUACUUAUGAAGAAGAAAAAAAUUAUGAAAUUAAUUAUUUAGAUGUAAUAAUCACAAGAAAAAAUGAAACAUUGCUGUUCCGAAAAUACGAAAAAAUAUGUAAUAAUAAUAAGGUGAUUAAUUACAAGUCAUAUUCUUCUAUAGGAAUAAAAAGAAAUGUUUUUUUUGAUGGAAUUAAAGAAAAUAUUUAAUAGAACAACUUUAAAAAAAUAUAUUGAAAUU